AUGUUGUCAGAAGAUUUCGAUGAUCCAAGAUCGUUAUCGAAUGUGGCUCUGACGAUUCGUCGUUCAAUUCAUCGAUCACGUGAAAUAGCUUUCCUGAAGUCGUAUUUGGCCACAGCGGAUAGUUUAAUGAGACGAAACGCUCGAGAAAAACGUCAAUAUCGUAUGACUCGUUAUGCGAAUGAGAUUGUUGUCAAUUCCAAUAUGAAAUAUGAUUGGGCUGAUGCCGUAGAUUUUGGUUACAACAAUCAAUGUCGCUUCUACACGGCAUGGACAGGACCAUUUUAUCUGCGUGUCUUUCGACUGAAUCCCAUCCACAAUGGUCAUCAUUGGAUAGAACGAGAUCGUAAAGGCGCUGAAGUGGCUUUUUUGAUUGAAAAGAACAAGAAAAGUCUCUUAAUGACUGCUUGGCAAUGUGACAUUGAUGAAAACUUUGCUCGAUGGAUACCAUCAAUAGAUAUCUUUUGA